AUGUUUCGCGUUGUGUGUCGCCGCCUCUGGGUGAACAGGCGCUGUCAAGCGGGUAUCAAUUGCCGUUUUGAAGUCACUCAAAGGUUCUUCACCAGUGAAGACAGCCCCAUUGAAGCUGAGGGUUACAGGGACUUGCAAGUUCUUACGAAACAUCAAAAACAGCAAGUGAGUGCAUCCAUUCGACUUAUUUGUAUAUGCGAAACGGGUGUUGGGAAACCUGGAUGUUACCAAUUGGAAGACUAGUGUUACUUUGGGCGAGUUGGGUACAUUGGUCAAAAUUGGCGUGGUUUUAAUAUUUACAACUUCAUAAAUGCAACCAACGUCGCACCUUGUGUUUAUUCCUGGAACCAUGCACGUUGUAUCUGAAGGACAUUCACCUGCGUUUGUGACCUUUAAGAGCCAGACGUUUUUUUCUAAAAUCCUAUCUCGAAUGUUAACUUAAGCAAUGUCUUGGUUAAUUCAGUGAUAUCCAAACAAAGUCCCUUGGGCAUAGAGGCCACUUUUAAGUGUGUUUUAAAAUUUGUCUAAAUAAAUGGAUCAAUGAUCUGAAAGUUUGUUGAUUGAGUUUAAUUAUCAAUUACUAAUAUUGCUAGUAUGAAAGACUUGGGUAUCUAGUGGUUCCAGAUGUCUUCAGCAAGGACCAUAUUGAACAAAUGAGGAAAGAGUUGGAUGGAUAUAUUGAACGGCAAGUAAUAAAAUUUGUCUCUUUAUUCCAAGGAAGUGCAUGUUCUGUAAAAGACCAGAGGCAUUAAUGUACCUUGCACAUGAAUGUUUCCUGGGCAACCAUUGUUGUAAUGAUUUAAAUUUAGAGUGACAAACUACCCAAAAGACCACUAUCAUAAAUAGUGGGUCCAAUUAUUAAUCUUCUGUAUGCAUAUAAUGUAGACUUUUGCUAAAGUGUAAGACUAAAAAGGCUAAAAAGGCCAACAUCAACAAGGUAUAUUAUUUGUUUAGAGGAAAACAUGUUCUGACUUCCUCUUUUUAUAUCUUCUCCAGUUCUCGCAAACUCAAACAAACAAAUCAUUUGUUUGUUCUGGACCCACAGCAUACUGAAAAUAAGCCUAUCCUACUAAGGCUUCGUUGUAUUUCAAAUCACAGCAAAAUUUUCCUGGACACAAUUUGUGAUGCUAAGUUGGUGGAAAUUACAUCUAAUCUGGUAAGGCAGAGUCAACCUCAUGAAAAUUUACACAAAUUAUUUUCAUAAUAUUUGAUCACUUAUUACAAUUGCUCAAGCUGUAGUAAUGUGGAAACUGUUCUCCACUGAACAGUGAAACAUUAAACCAAUUGGUCAAAGAGUUGUCAGAAAAGUUGCACAUUAAUCUGACAUAAAUUUGUGAACUUUAAGAGCAUAAUAUGUCAAUAAUGUUAAUGGUCAACCAAACAUUAUGUUUGUGUGUAGUCAGACCUUAAAAUUUUAAUCUGCCUGUUUGUGAAUGAUCAACUGACUCAAACUCCUAAAGGAAACACUUUAAGAUAGUUAAAAGGAGCAGGCAUUUGAGCUGGGGUCAAAAUAAACUAUGAAAAAUAUGACAUUUAAGAAAGAUAUCAAUUUGAGUUCUAGCGAGCAAGAGGGUUUCAAAUAACAAAGUUUGAAAUAGCAAGGUUAACCAAUUUAACUAUAAAAAUCAUAAUUUAUUUUUUUUGUGUGUGAAAUCACUUCUGUUUCAAUUUAUGUUUAGUAUAUGCCAGUUAUGUGAUUUCUAAGAAAGUUGUUGUUUUCCCCUGUUUAAGAUUGGUCCAUCAGUGCGUUACAUAAAUCAAGAGAAAGUCAACUUGAAACCACCAGAAAGUAGUACCUCAGUUAUCAGAUGGCAUCAGGAUUGGGCAUUUUUCCCCUAUACAAAUGAUAGUCUGGUCACUGUUUGCAUAGCCAUUGAUGACUCUACCAAGGAGAAUGGUAAGCUCUCUGAUGAGCCAUUCUUUCUCAAUAGGGCAGAGGUAUAUACUGCCAUAAAAAUAAGUUGAAAAUGUGGUUAUUCCAAAACAGAGCUACCUAUUAAACUUAAGUAUUGUGAUCAACAGAUUCUAUUCAUGGAAGAAAAUAAUAAGAAACUAUGUGUGGAAUAAUUCUGAUCAAUGCAUGUUUCUGAUAAAAAAUUUAAUUGUACCACUGAUUUUAAUUUAAACAGGAUGCCUUCAAGUUAUCCCGGGUUCACAUAAAGGUCCCCUAUACUCACACUUCCAAGACAAUGCAUUUAUAUCUGCUAUAACAGACCCUGCCUUAGACUCUAACUCUGCAGUCCAUGUUGAAGUUCCUGCAGGUGGGGUGUCCUUUCAUCAUGGCUUCACAGUCCAUGGUUCUUCUGCCAACAUGUCUAGACAUUAUCGCCGUAUGCUUUGUUUUAACUACAGCUCAGCAGACAAUUGGCCUCUUAUUGGUGUUGGAGGGCAUGAGUUUACUAACCAUGGUCCAGUAGACUGGGAAAGAUACUGUUCCACUGUGGUUAAAGGCAAACCUAGUUUAUUUCCUCGCAUGCAAGCACUGCCUGUCUCUAUUCCCAUUCCUUUUGAUUCUGGUUAUGACAUUUAUGAACAUAGUAAAUCUAGUGAUGUAAGUGAUCCUGAAAAGUGGGAAGCAUGA